AUUGUUUUUCUGCGCAGUCCAUGCCCUUGUGGUUUUGUCUCUUAUAUAAAACAAGUGCUUUUGUCAGUCUUUGUAGCAGCGAAUGAGUUCUCCACUUGCGCGAAGCUUGCACGAACUCUCCGUAGGCUAUGAUACUUUCCAACACGCUACAGUAAUCCACAACAGUGUAUGCGACGCCCACCUUCAUCUCUUGCCAACGUCGUCACUCGGAGUUUGCCAAGUACCAGAACACCCGAGGGUGCGGUGUGACUCGUAUGUCUAUCACGCCAUACAACCAUUAUGGUGUGUACGACCAGAAUCGUUUACAUUCCAACAGGAAGGCGCAUGGUGGAUGCCCAUCGAGCGUCGCCUCGCUUCCUUCUCCAUGCAAACCCUGACUUCGCAUAGCAGACACAGAGCAUCCAGAAAGCGACAGACGAUAUUUGUCAUGAUUAUAAAAAGAAUGACUUUGGUUACUCGAAGCUCAGGCGCAACCCUAGCUGAGACAUGCUGGUGUCCAUGCACCACUUCCAAGAAGCAGACAAACAACCCUACACAACCUUGUUCAAAUUGCACCAUGCGGACAGACUCCGUGAGCAGGUUCGGCGUCGCCAAUGAUUGCGAAAGCCUCGAUGGUCCCCAGAAACCUACGACCAAUGAUCGCGGAGGUGCCUGUUCAGGAAGACUCUGCCAACACGUCCGCUCUAAUGAUUGCAGUAUCAUACAGUGAUUCCUCCAUCGGUGAACAAUCUAACCAGGUGACGCCAUGCGUGGCUGGUAUGCGUAGUGCAUCGCGCACCAUCACAUGAAGCGCCGCUCAAUGUCGCACCAAAAGAUAGGCUGGAGGCACAAGACUGGUUGCAUGACUGGAGCCAAGAUCCCUAUGCAUGUUCAGUCCAGAUUCGGGCCCCUUGUUACGGCUC